AUGGCACCGUCAUUCCAAAGCCUUGCAAGUAUCGUCCACAUGCCCUACCCAGCACAAGGGCCGCCAUCUACCACAAGGGCGACCACCACAACGACCAUCACAGUCACCACCACAACCGCCAAGCCCAAGCUCACCCUCGACAACUUGACCAACUACCUCGCUCAACUCGAGCAGACCCCAAUCACCCCUCACCCCGACGCCGAAGAGCCUAGCUCCACCAUCGCGGAAUGCGGCAAGGCCACGCUGGCCAAUACCUCAGCUAUAGCAACAACACGAUCCCGAACCAUUACACCAAUACCAGUACCGCAACCACAUCUGAGCCCACUCCUUCCUCACUACUCCAAAAGCGACUGGAAACCACGAGCCACCACAAGAGCAAGCCCCGGUAAAGGGAAAGACAACAAAUGGUACCUGUGGUGCCUAGAGAUGGGCAAAUCCUCCAUGACCGCGCUGUCCAAUUCUCGGAAUCCUACCUACCAAGAGGUACCGAAGGCUUCAUUAUCGAAGCGAGAAUAG